AUGGCCCAGUCGUUGUGCCCGCCGUUUUCCGAGUCCUGGAUGCUCUCCGAGGGCUGGGGCCCAGCUCUGCCGCCUCCCUCCGACAGGGACUGCGGCUGCUCCCCUGCCUCGUCCCCGGACUCUUGGGGCAGCGCCCCAGCCUGCAGCCUCCCUCUGUCGAAUCCCACCGGGCCCGGCACACGGCCGGGCCCUCGCGCCCCAACAGCAGGGAGGCGCGGCGCCCGCUGCAGUCGCCUGGGCAGCGGGCAGCGGCAAAGCGCCAGCGAGCGCGAGAAGCUGCGCAUGCGCACGCUCGCCCGUGCCCUACACGAGCUGCGACGCUUUCUGCCGCCGUCCUUGGCGCCGGCUGGCCAGAGCCUGACAAAGAUCGAGACGUUGCGCCUGGCUAUCCGCUACAUUGGCCAGCUGUCGGCCGUGCUGGGCCUCAGCGAGGAAAGCCUGCAGCGCCGUCGCCAGCGACUAAGCGUCCCGGCUCCCCCUCGGGGCUACCAGCUCUGCUCCGAAGGCGGCCCGGCGCCGGCGCAGACGCAGGGCCUGGGCUCGUCUGCUGGCGCCGGCGUCGCCGCCUCCGCCUCCGCCUCCUGGGGCUCCCCACCUGCCUGUUUCCGAGCCCUGGCGGGAGCCGAGCCACGCGACCUGUCACUGCUCUAUGCCGAGCCCGUGUGCCCAGAAGGACAGGCGAUGGAACCAAGCACCUCGUCUCCGCUCUUCCCUGGCGACGUGCUGGCCCUACUGGAGACCUGGAUGCCCCUGUCGCCCCUGGAGUGGCCGCCAGCCUAA